AUCGAAAUUAUUUUAUGGUACGAUUUGUCAAACAAGUAUUGCAAACUAUUGAGAAAGACUCUUCUACGAAAUGGCUAUCUCCACGUAUGAAUCACAGCGGAAUCAAACAAUUACAAAAUUUAGUUAAAUAACGAAGUUUGAUAUAUUUUUUCUUUUGUAUUAGUCCAAUUUUUCAUAUUAGAUAACUUAACCAUUGUUUACGUUAUAUCAGUAAAAACAUAGAGUAAAAUUAUAUCCGUGAUACAUUUAUUUUUCAAGAUUUGUAAUUUAAUUUAUUAUUUAUAAGAAUGUCAACUCCAUGGGCGAAAAUUCAGCCAGUAGAAGGCCCUGUCAAUUUAUUAGAGAUUACUUCGGAACAACUUGCAAAGAGCUUGCAAGAAAAAGAAUUGAAAAAGAGUCGCAUUCAGACAGUAGAUAAUGUAAACAUUGAGAAUUAUACAAUAUGUGAAACAAAUGAUACAGAAAAUGAUGAAGUGAUUGCACAUAUGUUGCAAGAUCAAUUUAACAAAGAAUAUAAUCUAAUGUUAAAACAUACAGAGAAAAAGUUAAAUCGCGAUUCUAAAGUUAAUAUAACUUAUACGAACUAUCGAACUUCUCUAUGUGAGGACCAGGAUGAGCAAGACACAGACAGUGAAGAUACAACUAAAGAUUUUGAUAGAUUUGUGAGCAUAGAAAAAGAAUAUGCUUCUAUACCACGUUGUGGGUAUAGAAAAAUGGGUGGUGAAGGAUCCCAAAUUGUAACAAAACAUGAUAUGUUAAUGACAUCAAGAAUAAAUGCCUGCAGAGUUUUACAAUUCCCACCAGGUAUUCAUACAGGGGACACAGGAGGAUUUGAUGUCAAAUUAAACAAUAAAGUGUUCAAUAGUUUAAGAGCUCAUAGUAAUGCUCAGAGUUCAAGACAGAAAGCAAAAGCACGACCACAUACAAAAUAAACUAACUAUAUAUCUUGCUUUCUCUCAUUAUGUGCAAACGCGUACUGCUUAAUUGUAUCAGAAAUGGAUUGGUCUUAGAAACAUUUAAAACAUAAUUAUUUUUGACAUUAAACACUUUAUUAAAUGUUGUAAUGAUAUCAAUAUUACUAUAUUGUAAUACAAAUAAAUGAACUUAUUAAUUGCUAAUUAA